AAAGGAAAAAGAGAGAGGGGAGAGAGAGAGGAAGAGAGAAAGAGGGGAGGGGGGCUGUAAUACGGAAUCUGAUCUUUUAAUCUCAGUUGGCCGCAAUUAAAACAAACCCCGCCGUAUAACUCAAAUAUCCCUUUGCAUAAAAACAUAUGGCCUCGCUAUAAAAAUUAUGGCUGGAAAACACUGACCCAUUAAUAGCCCGCGGACUGAUUUAUACUUUAUUGUUCUGCUCCCCCGCCACGUGACAGGCGCAGCCAAUGGGCGCCUGCGCUGCCCUCAACUUAUUACUGACUCUACUUCUCCGCCAGCACCAAGUUGUUACGUGAAACCCGCAGCCCCGAACCGCGGCGGGUCCGCCGCCGCCCGCCCGCCCGCCAUGUCGGCUCCCGGGACCCUCAGCAAUUACUACGUGGACUCCUUCCUGGUGCCGGAGGGGGACGAGCUGGCGGCGCCCCGCUACGCCCCCGCCCCGCUGGGGCCGCCGCCGCGGCCGGCGGCGCUGGCCGAGCACCCCGAGCUGGCCCCCUGCAGCUUCCAGCCCAAGGCGCCCGUCUUCGGCCCCCCCUGGAGCCCCGCGCACCCCGCCGGCGCCAGCGGCGUCCCCGCCGUCUACCACCCCUACGCGCACCACCAGGCGCCCGUGGCACCGCCCGACGGCAGGUACAUGCGUUCGUGGCUUGAGCCUGUGCCGGGCUCCUUGUCUUUCCCCGGGUUACCUACCAGCAGGCAUUACGGCAUUAAACCUGAACCGCUGGCGGCCAGGAGGGCUGACUGUACCACGUUUGACACUCACACUUUGUCUCUCUCUGAUUAUGCUUGUGGUUCUCCUCCAGUUGAUAGGGAUAAGCAAAGCCACGAAGGCGCAUUCUCUGAAAGCAAUGGAGAAAGUGAGGCAAACGGAGAGAAACCGCAGAUCGAUCCAAAUAAUCCAGCUGCAAACUGGCUCCACGCAAGGUCCACCAGGAAAAAGCGAUGCCCUUACACCAAGCAUCAGACACUGGAACUGGAGAAGGAGUUUCUGUUCAAUAUGUAUCUCACUAGGGACCGUAGAUACGAGGUGGCCAGACUCCUCAAUUUAACAGAGAGACAAGUGAAAAUCUGGUUUCAGAACAGGAGGAUGAAAAUGAAGAAAAUCAACAAAGAUCGAGCGAAGGACGAAUGAUGGCGACCCGUGGGUUAAAAUGAAAAUGCAUAAUGUAAAAGAAAAAAAAAAAAAAAAAGAAAAAAGUUAAAACAAACAAAAAAAUCAUCCCCUCGAGCCCUGCCAUGCAAUGCGUCUGGGUCCAGGCCUCAUUUUUCCCUUGGCAAAUUCUGAUUAUGCUUGUACAAUGAUAGUCACAGAGGCCAGAUUGCCAGGAGAGGUACAGUAAGACUUUUAAUUUUCUAAUAGGAAAGAAAAAGGGGGCAUUAGCACGAAAAGGCUGUUUAACUGGCUUGUAUAAAUCUACCUGUUUCUUCACUUAUGGAAAGAAAAAAAAAGAAAAAAACUACCUUUUCAUAAUGCACAACUAUUUACGGACUGUGUAGUUUAGUCUACGUAGUUAAUUUUAUUCGCUCUUUGCGUGGCAGAGAGAUCUCUGCUCUAAUACUUGAACACUGUGUUUUAUUGUGGUAAUUAUGUUUGUGACUCAAUUUAUGUGCUUGGGUGCUGUACCGGAUGUAAUGGUGUAAGCUAGGAUUCAAUUUGAACUCAGGUUGUUUAUUAUAAAAAUUGCAUAGAGUAUAGCUCUGUAGUGUAUUAAGUCUUUUCUGUAUAAUUAGACAGUUAACCUUUGAU